GCGCGGGGCUGGGGCGGGCGACGGGGCCUGGCCUCGGGGUUGCGGCACACCCGACGGCGGCGCGUGCCUCGGUUUCCCCGCUAGUCAAAAGAGGGCUGUUCGCCGGUGCCACCCCAGUGUCGGUGGACCGGGCGACGGCGAGGCAGGGGACGGGCGUGCGCGCGGCGGCGGACCUCGGGUGCCCUGCGGGGGGCGCGAUUUAAGGGCGAGGUGCGCGCGUCUGCCUGGGUCAGCGGGGUAGCCGCACCGAGCUGCUGACUCAUCAGGUGUCCGUCGGCUUCCGCGCGGGCGGGGUCGCGCGCGGGCCCACAGGGGAGGCGGCGGGGAGACCCUGCUGCGCGGCUUGGGCUCGCCACGCGCGUGCGAGCCCAGCGGAGACGUGCUGAGUCAUCAGCAUGAGGUCACUCGGUGCUCCUGCUGACGCUGGGCCAGGGCGGGGGGCCCGGGCUUGCUAUCGGCCCGUCUAGUCGGGAGACAGGGCUAGAUCCGGGCGGAGAAGGUCGGGCCAGGAUCCUGGGUCGUGUUUAAGUUUGACGGACCUGUGAGUUGGAGGCAAAGGCCGCGAAGGAGGCAUUACAGGGGCGCGCCGCAGGUUUCUCCCGGGGUGGAAGGUAAAGCCCCAGGCUUGCGCAUCCCUCCCAGGCUCUUGGGCUCCUGGCCCGGGUCCCACAACUGGGGCAGUUCCCCAAACUGGGAGACGGAUCGGUGUACGCCGAGGGGAGGAGCUUAGGUGGGCCGAGCCAGCUCUGUCUGGGAAGCAAGCUUUUCUUCUGAGUGACCCUGAAUGGCCAGGCUGCGUCGGUCCUGGAUGGAAGAGACCGGGAGGCAGUGAAGAAGGGUGUGUGGCUUGAGAGAAGCUGGGGCAGCGCUAACCAGCUGAGGUUCCCAAAGGGUGGAUCUAGGCAGCUGGUGGGAAUUUUGAGGUGCAACCAUGGAGUGGAAGGUGUAGUUCUAUUUUUCCCAGCGUUAUUCCUUUCAGAAGAGUUUGGGGUCCCACUGUUGCCUGAAGUUACCAAAAAGUGUGUGCCAUAUUGGGUGUCUGGAGACUCUUGGGAAGUUACAGUUUGCGUGGGGUGUGGCUGAUGGCUGUUUACCGACUUAUCAGUUGUGAAGGUUCUUGAACUCUAUUCUGUAUUGCUUUCCUUGCUCAGGGAUUCAUGGCUACACUUACGCUUACCUUGUGGUUUGUGCUAAGAGGUUGUCCCCUCAACACUUAGCACACUGAACCUCGAAACUGCUUGUAGGUGUAGUGUUUUCAUUGGGGGUAGAACUUUAUGCCCUGUGAAACUUAAAGGUCCCAGAAAAGUGUUAAGCUCCGGAGGCACUAUGCUUCAGUGAACUUAACAUUUUAAGUCCCUUUCAAAUACUGCCAAUAUCUGAAGGAGGGAAGACCUAAGCUGGGGGUCUCUCCUGCAUUGAAGUUUACAGGCAAGAUUGAGCAAGAAAGGGUCUCACUGUCUUGCUUGAGGCCAAUGUCCAGCUUACCCAUUGUGAGAGGACAGAUGCCCAAACCUUUUCUUUUCUGUUAGCCUGAAUGGGUGGUCCAGAGUCCCUUGAUGUCUUGAGACCGUCUAUCACAGUGAGUGAAGGACUUGGAGGAGGGCUGAGUUGUUGGAAGGCAGCAGGUCCAGAUCAGCCACUCUGAGCUUCUUCCUCAGGCUCUGGAAGAUCUCUGAACUGUAUCCCUCAGCACAGCUGUCCCCCAAAACUGUCUGCCUAGUCACUGUGUGUCCCUAGGCUUGCAGAAGCCAGGCAGGUAGCUGAAGGCACUGUCUUUCCUGAGAUCUGCCCUCCCCCCCUUAAGCAUACAUGAAUGGAUAUGAACAUGCACGUUUGCUAGUGUGUGCACACACGCACACAUGCACACACCUUUGAUCAGGAGGCAAUUGGCUGCACUAGUGCUGAGUUCAGGCCUUUAGCAGAGGGUAAAAUCUGUUGAGGAGGCACUUUUUAGCUCCCAGCCGCCACACUCUGCACUUUUCUUUGCGAUCUCAGGAAGUCACCACCAUUUUGAGCUCAGCAGUAUGCGUAAGGGAAGCUCCUGCUAAGGCUGUCCCCUCACCUGACUCACACUCCUAGUGUGUGGGUAUAGGGCCAACUUGUAAGAAAGACAGACAGAUGCCCUUCAGACCUCUCACAUCUGAGUUCUGCCUUUCUCUUUGAUCUAGCAGGACUGUGGCCUCUGAAAAUGCUCGUAAUUUAUUUACCCUUGUAGAAGUCUCUCUGGCUUCCAUGCUUGCUUAAUGUUUGCGUGUAGCCACACCUCCUGUUCAAGGCUAAGAGUGGUAGGAAAGGCUAAUGAGAACACUAGUGCUGCCCUGGCUCACACAUCCUUUCCUUUGAUAAGAUGAACUCUCCACCCAGCACAGUUUUGCCUGAAGUGCUCACAGCCUUCAGCCUUCUGAAAGAGACCUUCGGCAACCUCACCUGCAGGUCCUUCCUCAUUCCCUGCAUCUCUACCCGUGGGACUGGUGGGUGUUGGGCCAAGUGGGGAUUCCCAGCCUAGGUAUACAAAAAAUGUCCUUGGCAAGGCUUCAGAAGGCUGAAAUGAGAUUGAGCCCAGAGGGGCCGCUGACUGUAGGAGGUAGCUGUUUUGCUUUUGUUCCCUGGCCCUGUGGUCAUUGACCCUAGGCAGAGAGCCAAAGACCAGUCAGUGACCCAAAGGGGCUGGCUGGCUCUUGCCUGCUUCCAGCUAACAGUGCUCUUCCUCUGCUAAUUGUGGGAGCCCUUGUGAAACACCCUGUGUCGGGUGGGGCAAGAGUACAGGAUGCUGCAACCAAGCCACAGAAUGGUUACCCCAUCUGUAAAGGAGAUGCACAGGGAGGACUGGAGGGGCCUGGGCUCAGCUCCUCCCAGCCGGAUUGCCUGCUACCUGGAAGAGUGCCUGCUCACUGUGUCCCCCGGGUUAUGACGACCCCCAAUAAAGGAAACAAGGCCUUAAAGGUGAGUGGAGAGGCUGGGCUCGGGGUGUGCUGGGCUGGGCAUUCCUACUCUGCCUUGACCCCGUGUGCUGUGCCACUCCAGGUGAAGCGGGAGCCAGGCGAGAAUGGCACCAGCUUGACUGAUGAGGAGCUGGUGACCAUGUCGGUGCGAGAGUUGAACCAGCACCUGCGAGGCCUAUCCAAGGAAGAGAUUAUCCAGCUGAAGCAGCGCCGGCGCACACUCAAGAACCGAGGCUACGCAGCCAGCUGUCGAGUGAAGCGGGUGACACAGAAGGAGGAGCUGGAAAAGCAGAAGGCGGAGCUACAGCAGGAGGUGGAGAAGCUGGCCUCUGAGAAUGCCAGCAUGAAGCUGGAGCUCGAUGCGCUGCGCUCCAAGUAUGAGGCCCUGCAGAACUUUGCCAGGACCGUGGCCCGCAGCCCUGUGGCCCCGGCUCGGGGUCCCCUUGCUGCUGGCCUGGGGCCCCUGGUCCCUGGCAAGGUGGCUGCCACCAGCGUCAUCACAAUAGUAAAGUCCAAGACAGAUGCUCGGUCAUAGGGACACGUGCAGUUGCCAGGCAGGUCUUUGAGGGGCCACUAGGUGCGUGGCAAAGUUGGCAGCCCCGUCCCUCUUCCUUUCUUUUCCCUUCCUUUCUACUUUCCCUUCCCUCUUUCCUUCCCUGCAAAGCACAACCUGCACCCAGGGGCACCGGGCUGAGCCCCUUGAUAUCAUCUUUGUUGUCACGCCUGUGUUUUGUACGUUGGGAUCGGUCAGUUCAACAGUGAUGUUGGGUUGCCCCUAACCCCUUUGUACCAAGGCCAUGCAGGCUAGGAGUCCGGAGUGGGCACUGUGGGAAUGGACGAGAGUGCAAGUGGGCAAGUGUACUGGGCUUGGGUCUGCCCUUCCUGGUGGUCUGCAGGGGGACUUGAAAGCUUUCUUUUCAGAUUUCCAGUGGGCCUCAGUUUGAUCCAGAAGGAGGAGAUGGGCUCUGCCCUGAAACGUGGUUAUAUCUUGAAGCCCCUGGAUGGAUAGGCCACCAGCCUGGGCAUUGGGGCAGGAACCAUGGUGCUGGAGCCUGGCACAGUGCACCGGAUAAGACCAAAUCGCCGGUUAUGAGUGUGGGUGGAAGGUGUGUCAGUGUGUCCUGCGAUGGGUCCGGUGUCACUGUUUACAUGACCUAUUUGUGUGGUUAUAUAGCCCUUUAUUUAAAAGAGAAGUUCCUUUUACGGAGUUAUUAAAUUAUAUGUUUAAGAGCUAAAAAGAAAAAAAAGCUGCAGAGUAUUUAUAAAAUUGUCUUAAAAAACAAAAACAGAAAACAACAUUUGACCGUAUAAAUGGAUAAGGGAAGAAAGUAUAGUAGAAACUUUGCUAGUUGAAAAAAAAAAAUCCCUUUCUUGUAAACCUGGGGACAGCUCUGUGGCUGUUGGAGUUUAGUUUUUAUACACAGAGUUAUCAGACAUUACUUAUAAAACUUAGUUUAAAAAAAGAAAAAGAAAAAAAAGAAAAAAAAAAAAAAAGGCCAGGCUGCGAGCCUACCAGAGGCUGUCCUCUUUGAUAUCUCUUUUGCAACUGUACCGAAAGUGACUUACUCCUUCGCCCUUCCUGCUUCCGUCUUGCCGGUGCCGUGGUGUUGUCCGUGCCUGGUGAGGUUUUGUGCAGCCGUAAAGUGCUGGUGCUUCUGGUGACCUUUGACCUGUGGCUGUCCCUGUGUUUUUGUGUGUGUGUGCGUGUGUGUAUGUGUGUUUGUCUUUUGGAUUUUUGUUGUGGUUUUGCUUCUGCUGGCUUGCUGGACCCAGGCAGAACAUACUCUGCCGCUGGAGUACAGGAGAUUGCCUGCUGGCUCACAUUCUUCUGCACUUGUCCAUUCCUCUGCCACUUGGUCCCUCUGAGCCUUGGCUUGGCAUUGUGGGUCUAGGGCUUGGCUUAAGGCAGUGGCAGAGUAAGUGAAAUUGGGAGCUAUCGGGCCCCCAUGCUGCUUCCACAUCCACCACCUCUGGCCCUGGGUGGUGACAUUGCAGGGACCAAGGUGUCACUGUGGGUGCCCACAGGGCUGUGCCCUACCUGUCCUCGGCCGUCUUCCUUCUGGCCUCAGCUUAGUUCCUAGAGUCUUCAUUGGGGCCUCAGCUAGGCCGCCCCAGGGGCCUACCUUGUGGAUUGGGAGUCCUGUCACUCGUGUAUUUCUGAAACCCCGUUCUGUGGGGUGUUGUUUCCCAGGCAGAUUGGUUAGGGGCCCCACUUGGGGCAACCCAUUCUUCCCUGUCUCACUGUGAGAGCCUGGAGGCCUCCACCAUGGCCAGACAAAGGCUUUGGCCCUCGGGCCCAGUCUGUUCUUCCCAGUGUCUGCAGCUCUUGGCUCUGGGCCCUAUUCUGCCUCCUUCAGGAUCUGCGUCUUCCAGGGAUCCGCUGUUCGACUUGGAGGUGCUUCUCUGCAGGUCCCAAGCCUGCCUCCUCACCCCAGCUUUCCAGUGGAGGCUGCCCCCUUCCAGGCUUGGCUCAGGAAGCUCCUCAUAGGCGGAUGCCCACCCAUAAGAGGCUACAUCCCUUUGUGGUCACAUGGCCUGUAGCCUCUUGCUGACAUUGCUGGUGUCUUCUCUGGGGCCCUGGAUCCCUGACAAGCACAGAAAUGUGAUCUGGUAAAAGGAAAGACUGUGGCCUGAUAGGCCUUUACCUCGUAGGCAGCAGGAUUUUCACUCAGUUUGACACAGCAUGCAGUGCUCUGGGAGCAGGACCUCUGCCACCCUGGCAUUUUUGGUAGGCUGGUUUGGCUCAAGGUGCUCAGACACUCCCAUUGAUGCCUGAGUCGGAUAUGGGUGGAAAUCUGGACUGUUGAUUAUAAGUUACCAGGUGACCUCAUUCCCUCCCUUUGUCUCUUAACUGGUAUCCAGUGAGUUGCUGAUGCCGACUGGCAAGCAGAGCUGGCCCAUGCCUAGAGGAGGAGAGGGACAGGCUUUCUGAGUGCUUUGAUUCUGGCUGGGCUGUAGUGUAUAGCUGAGAAUGGCCUCCUGCAUGGGUCCAGCCUUUUGGGAGGAUGAGGAAGAGGAGGCUGAGGCUAGAUGUGUGUUAAACAGGAGUAGCAGAUCUUUGCUUCUGAACCGGAUAGAGCCGUGCUCAAGGCUUUCAGGUUUGCAGUAUCUUCUUAUUGAGUCUGGGGAACGUUCCCUAUUGAGCCAGCCCUGCAGCUCCACUCCCUGCCCCAUUCCCCUGAUUUCUUGACAGUAAAUCCUGUGUCCAGUUGUGACUGUUGGCUGUUUUCCUGAUCAUUGUUAAUUCCGUUUUCCUACUGUGAGGGUGUUGUGUUUGACUUUCUGACACAGCGAAUGGAGAGCUUGGGCUGAGGCCAGGUCUCCCAAACUUCUCCGCUAAGUAAACCGUAAUGUGUGACUUCCCUCCUAUCUUGACUGCCCGACUCCUUCCUUCCACAUGGACACUCAGAUUUCAAAGAAAACCCGCAGGAGGUGGGUCAGUUUCCUCUGUAGAAUAUGGUCCCAGAGAGUCCUCCCCUCUGUUGUGUCUAGCUGCUAGUCUGGGUGUUGUACCAUCAGUGCAGGGAGUCCACGGCAACACUGAGUUAUACAGGGACCACUACCAUCGCCAGGCUUCCUAGCAGGCUGUUCUCAGUUCAUCUUUCAGGUCCGUGUGUACUCUGUGCUAGCAGCAGCCUUGGUGUUCAAGGCCAGGAUUUGCAGUUUUGAUAAGCUACAGCCCACUUGGAGAUGGUGAGGCCACUUCCCUGCUACCUCCCUCUCUGGUGUGGCCACUUGGCCAAAGCUCCCAUCCACAGCUGGGGUGUCUGAGCCACAGCCUGCUACACUGUUUCCGCUCUGGGAUCUUCUGAGUUACUCUUUUAGGCUGUGGUUUGGUGAAAGGAACCAACACAUUAACGAUCCCCCCCCCCCCCAAAGCCACUGAGUAAUUCUUGGCAUGUUUUCUAAGUGCUGUUGGCUGCCUGGUUUGGGAGCAGUUGUGGAGAGGACAGACUUAGUACCACACAGAGGCAUGGGUGUGCGAGCUGCUCACAGCUUCCUUGUUUCUGGCAUGUGUCCUGGGUGCGUGCUAUACCUCCCGGGCCAGCUGCACACCUAUGUACUCUGCCCCUGAGAGGUAGAGUGUUCAGGAAGUGUCCCUGAUAGAUUCCCUGUUCUCUGUGGCCCCAGUUGGGCUUUUGGCUCCUCCAGCAACUUCAUGCCCCAACCCUACCUUUCCUCCCAUUUCUUUCUGUCUGCUAGUCCCUGAAGCCUUUAACCAAAUGGGAAUGGGUACAGAAAGCCUUCUCCUGGCAACUUAGGGCAACAGGACAAGGGCUAUUGUGUGUCCAGCUCUGUUGGUCUCCUGGUGCUGAGAGGUGUGUCCAAGCAGAGUUGAUCAGCCCCUGCCUGCCCUGCAGGGCUGAAGCCAGGGGGAGGUUAGUAGAGAGUACCCUAAAUGGGGUGAGGGUCCUUAAACAUCCAAGUGAGGAGGGGCUGUUGUGUGGCUGCAAGGUGAGACCCUGUCUCCAGCACCUGGGUAGGGCCAUCGGGGAUCUGGCUGCAAGGUGAGGUCUGGACUUGGCAUCAGUGCAGAGCGAUCAAGUCACCUGGCCUCAGCAGGCAGCAGCCUUGGUGCCCACCCGUGCCCUGCGCAGUAUUUAUUGCUAAAUUAUUGUCCAGGAGGGGCGGCACUGGGCCUGGCCCCCCGGGUAUUUAUUGCUGUACAUAGUGUAUGUUUGUGAUAUAUAAGGUUUUCUUUAUUUUGUAUAUGAUCAAUAAACGCCUUUUAAAGAGA